AUGGAGGGUCAGAACCGAUCAGGAACAUGUUGUGGCGUGGGUUCAACGAAGCUAGCACUGAUUGCUCGAGGUCACCUACUAUCACACCAAUUUGCUACAAUGGCCUCCACAGUCGCUGCUGCUUCCUCCCUGGCCUCCGUGAGCAGCAUCUCCGGUGCUGCCUCCUUCAACGCCAGCAACGGCUCCCGCGUGGUUGCCGCCACUGGCACCAAGAAGACCACCGUGAAGAGGACCACCACCGUCAGGAAGCCCGCCCCUGACUCCGGCCGCCUGGUGUGGUUCCCCAACGCCAAGAUCCCCGACCACCUUGAUGGCUCCAUCAUCGGUGACCGUGGCUUCGACCCCCUUGGCUUUGGCAAGCCCGCUGAGUACCUCCAGUUCGAGCUGGAUGAGCUCGACCAGAAUGCUGCCGUGAACAAGGCCGGUGAGGUUAUCUCUGCCUUCAAGCCCGCGAAGACCGAGGUGUCCGCCACCCCCUUCGUCCCCUACAACGAGGUGUUCUCCAUCAUUCGCUUCCGUGAGAACGAGGUCAUUCACGGUCGCUGGGCCAUGCUUGCCGUCCUCGGUGCUCUCGUCGUGGAGGGUGUGACUGGUGUCACAUGGCAAGAUGCCGGCAAGGUGGAGCUUGAGCAGGGCUCUUCCUACUGGGGUCUGGACCUGCCCUUCUCCAUCACCACCCUGGUGAUCCUGGAGGUGCUCAUCAUUGGCUACGUCGAGUUCGCCCGCAACGCCGAGCUCGACACCGAGAAGCGGUUGUACCCCGGCGGCUACUUCGAUCCCCUUGGCCUCGCCUCCGAUGCCAACAGGCUGGACACCCUGAAGCUGGCUGAGCUCAAGCACUGCCGCCUCGCCAUGAUCUCCGCUCUUGGCUUCGGCGUCCAGGCCGCUGCCACCGGCAAGGGUCCCCUCGACAACUGGACCACCCACCUUGCCGACCCUUUCAACACGACGAUCAUCCAGACCUUCUCCAACUAA